CACACUAUCUGAAUAACUAUGCACAUGUUUGAUAAUGUGUGACAUGUUGUAAGUCAGUAUGCUAAAGUACUGAUGGUAUUGUUCUAUUUGUCGGAUGAUAGGACAAGUUUCCGCACUUUUAUCACGCAAUAGGCAGCAAAAAACCCAGAACACAAUCAUCUACCCCAACCCCUCAAUUAGGAAUGGUGCAGACAAAGCCCCUUCUUUCAAAUUUUUGAUAAAUACGUAUAUUUAUCUAUGGUCUGUGACUAUGUAUGUCGAAUGUUGUCAUCUGGGAUGUAAACAGCAAAAUGGAAGAUGGGUUUUGGAAUUGCGGUUAUAAACAAAUAGGAUGGCAUUAAUUGUACUGGUGUCCCACUAGUUUAACAUAACUUAAUUCAAAAGAUAUGCGAUAAUGUAUGAACAUUCUAAAUUUCGUUUCCAAUCAAACAUGAAACCUAAUAAGAAUCCUGUUGUGUUCUUGGAUAUCAAUAUUGGAUCAAGAAAAGGACGAGUUGUUUUAGAAUUAUUCAAGGAUGUUGUUCCAAAAACAGCAGAAAACUUUCGAGCACUUUGCACAGGAGAAAAGGGGAGUGGAGUUUCUGGGAAACCACUGCAUUACAAAGGAAGCAUAUUCCAUAAAGCAGUAUCAGAAUUCAUGAUACAAGGAGGAGACAUUACGAUGUUUGAUGGAACAGGUGGAGAAAGCAUAUAUGGAUUAACAUUUAAAGAUGAAAAUUUUAAAUUGAAGCAUCAUUCGGCUGGCAUGCUGAGCAUGGCAAAGGCUGGUUCUGACUGCAGCAGCUCACAGUUCUUCAUUACCACAAUCCCUUGUGACCACCUAGAUGGUGUCAAUGUUGUAUUUGGUGAAGUGAGAAAAGGAUUGGGUGUAGUGGAAGAAGUGAGCAGGGUCGGCACUCAUGAGGACCGUCCAUUUGCGAAAUGUUGGAUUGAAGAUUGUGGGGAGCUGGGCCAUAAUGAAGAGGAAUGGGGUAUAGGAGAAGCUGACGGUACUGCAGAUGUUUAUCCUUCUUACCCAACUGAUUGGAAUGCCAGCAGCCAACAACUUGAGAUUGAUUCUCUUGAAACUGUCAUAACAAAAAUAAAGAAUUCAGGAAAUUAUUUCUUCAAGGUCAAGGAAUUUGUAUGUGCUGGUUGCAAAUAUCAGAAAGCAUUACGUUACAUAGAAUGGUCUCGGUCAAAACUGAAAGAGAUUCAGAAUGAUCCAAAGCAAAAGAAUUUUGUGGAUGCAGAGUUGAUUUGCCUCUUGAACUCUGCGGCUGUUUCUUUGAAAAGGAAGCUGUUCAGGGAGGCUUUAGAGAGCUGUGAUCUGGCUCUUAAAAUUGACAGUAAAUGUGUGAAGGCCUUGUAUAGAAGAGCACAGGCAAAGCAAGGGUUGUAUGAAUAUGAGGCUGCUCUGAAAGACCUAAGAAAGGCAUAUUGUUUGUCCAGAAAUGAUAAAAUGAUACACAGAGAAAUCUGUUCUUUGAGGAAAUUAAUGAUGGAUUAUCUGACAAUGGAAAAGAUUAGGUGUGAGAAAAUGUUCAAAUAAUGUCAGAAUAAGCAUCUGAAAGAGAUGUCAUGUGGCAGGAAUGAAGAACAAGGUAAGAAAUUGAAGAGGAGUUGUGUGAAGUAAAAUAGGUGGAGAGGCUAAGUUGCCAGAUGACCCAUUAGUAUUGGAAAUAUCGUAGGUGGAAGAAAAAGAAGGGAAUUUAUCCACUAGGGGUCAGCCCAACUUGGGAGGAGCAUCUUACUCUUCUGCCUGAGUCUACACUCACAAAGAGACUCUGUAUUCCUUCUUGUGAAAGUUUGUAUAUGCUAUUGGUAGAAUUUGCCUUAAAAUGAACACUGAACUCUGACAGAACUGUAAUGUGUUUAUAAUUGUCAUUAGUCCUGUGACAAGAGUGUAGUAAAGUAUUUUGUUUAAGAAGAACAUCUGAAGAAACAAGGAAAUGUUGAAAGUGAAAUCAGAAUAUCAGAGUGAUCCACCAAGAACUGUUGAUUGCUUGCAGUAGGAAAGACAGAUUAUCAGAAUGAAUGCUGUUCUCUUCCCUUCUCUCAGUGUAAUUUUCUUUGGAAUAAAAUUGAGGGAGCACAAGCAGUUAAUUUAUAUGUUAUUAUAAAGUUGCAUAUAACUUUCCUGUAUAAAUGUACAUGUAAAAUUAAAAUUAUAUUCUUUCGAUCAGAA